GCGCGGGACGAUGCGGACGAGGAUGAACCGGGGGCAGCGACCGGAGCGGGGCUGGGGGGAGCCGAGACCACCCAGAAAGGCAUCCCGGAGAAAGUGUGUCCUUGCCGACCACCAUACCUGAGAGCAGCCCGCGCCGGGCCCGAGGUCACAAUGGCGGCCGAAGGGCUGUGGGGGCCGGGUGGCCCCCCUGGCUGGGAGCUGGAGGGGUGGUACCAGGACCUGCAGGAGGUGCUGGCGGCGGAGCCCCCCGGAACCACCCCCACCUGGGGGACUGAGCAGGUGGAUCCAGGCCCGGGGGGCUGCGGGCUGGAUCUGGCUCUGGCCGAGGAGUUGCUGGAGCUGCUCGGGCCGGAGGGAGCGGCUCCAGCAGAACCCCCGGGCGCCCCUGGCGGGAGCGACCCUGCCCAGCCGGGCCCCGCCGAUGAGGAGGAAGAGGAGGAGGCGCGGGGGACACGGAGGAAGCGGCGCGGCGGCCCCGGGGCUCCGCGGGAACGGGACGGGGAGCAGCGGGUACGGGAGCUGACAGUGCAAAACGAGCGACUGCGCGCCGAAAUCCAGCGGCUCACCGCCGAGGUGCAGCGCACCCGGGCGGCGCUCAUCGACCGCAUCGUCAACCUGCGCCAGGUGUAGCGACUGCCCCGGGGUGGGGCCCGGACGCACCAAGCACAGCGCCGGGGAACGGGGACAGCGCUGCCCCACAGCUGGGGACAAAGACUCUGCUGCCCCACGGACUGGGGGGGCAGCCCUAUGGACAGAUGGACACUAUGGACAGACGAGCGGAUGCAGCUUCUCCAUGCCAUUGUACAGCUCUUGUCAUUUAUUAUACGCAUAUGAACACAA